AUGUCCCGCAACACUCUUUCUACUGAUUUAGAACCGUCACCAGAACUCUGUCCUUUUUGUCAAAAACCACAAAAACGCCCAAAGUGGUGUGAGCAAUGUCAGGAAUUCCCUCCUCCCCUUAUUGAAAGCGACGCCGAUUGUGAAUCCACCUCACAAAGUCAACCAGCCCAGGGAAACGCAUCGAACGAGAUACCAUAUGGCAUAUGUCGCAAGUGUUUUUAUCCCAAAACAUCACAGUGGUGGUGUAAGUUUUGUGAAUCAGUGGCUUUUCGAAUUGAAUUUGGUAAAUGGAGCAGCGGAAACAAGGUUAUCAAUGCAAUGAUUAGAAAAAGUCAAUUGAACGCCGUGGAUGAACUGAACUAUCUGGAAUGGAUCAACUAUGACGAAUUUGAAGACGUCCAGUUGGUCGCUGAAGGCGUACUGGGAAAACUGUACACUGCGAUUUGGAAAACUGGUCCAAGAAUAAAAUAUAAUCAGGAUCUCGGAGAGUGGGUGAGAGAUAAUGAUAUAACGAUUGCGCUGAAGGAGCUAAAUGGUUCGACAAACAUGACAGAUGAUUAUAUUAGAAAAAUCGACAAAUACGCAAGUUGUAAUACCACUGGGUCAAACGUCCUUCAAUGCUUUGGGUUAACCUUUAAUCCCGUAACCAAAAAUUACUUGUUAAUAAUAGACUAUUGCGAGCAUGGCAAUUUAAAUCAGUAUCUUCACAAACACCACGCAGACAUCACUUGGGAACGUAGACUAGCCAUAUUGCAUUCCUUAUCGGCAACAAUAUUCAAUCUCCACGAACGAAAUAUAUUUCAUCAAAAUCUCCAUGGCGGUAAUAUACUGAUGGGACUGGGACCACCUAUGAUUGCUGAUGUAGGGCUAUGUAUUCCGGCAUACGAACAUUCAGAUACAAAAAAUGUCUAUGGAGUAUUACCUUUUGUUGCACCUGAAGUAUUACGAGGAAACGCAUACACAGCAGCAGCAGACGUUUAUAGUUUAGGAAUGCUAAUGUGGCAACUAGCAUCGGGCAGACGACCAUUUCAUGAUCGAGCACAUGAUAUGCAUCUAGCAAUGGACAUUCGCAACCGAAUAAGACCCAAGGCCAUAAACGGGAUACCGGAAUGUUAUCAAGAGUUUAUGGAAAGAUGCUGGAAUGAUGAUCCCAGGGAAAGACCAACUUCAUCUGAAGUAUAUUCUAUAGUUGGCAUUUGGUUUAACCAGAUGAUGUUUGUUCCCGGAAGCGAAAUUGGGAAACAGUUUUGGGAAGCGGAAGAUUUCAGGAAAUACCAUAAUGUGAGCGAGGGUAUGAACGAUGAUAAACAUCCGAAAGCAAGCUAUUCUAGCAGAUUAUUGAACUUUCCCGAGGUAUUCUAUGACGACUUUAAAAUUAAUGGGACUAACAGCGAGCGAACCAGGAUCGAAGAGGACCUGAAGAAUUCGACUAAUGGGCAUGACAAUGGAACGUGCCGCACAGGAGUAGUUGCUGACGAAAAAAGUAUCAACGAGGAAGAAGAGCAAGGCGUGCUCGUAACGCCCGUCGAUAGCAAGAAAUAUCGUGAGGAAGAGCAAAAGCAAGAGCAAGUGCAAGACGUGCUCGUAAUGCUCGUCGAUAGUAAUAAACAUGUUGAAGAGCAAGAGCAUGAGCAACAGAAAGAUUUGCCCGCAACGCCCAUCGAUAGCAAGAAAUAUCGCGAGGAAGAGCAAGAGCAAGAGCAAGACGUGCCUGCAAUGCCCAUCAAUAGCAAGAAAUAUAGUGAGGAAGAGCAAGACGUGCCCACACCGCUCAUCGAUAACAAGAAAUAUCGUAAGGAAGAGCAAGACGUGCCCGCAACACCCAUCAAUAACAACAAAUAUCGUUAUAGUAUCGAUUUUUAUUAUGGGCAUGAUUAUGAUUAG